AUGGCUCAGAAGUUAGAAGCAAUAGGUAGAGGCCUCCAGUGGGAUGAUUCAUCUGACCAUGACAAUGUAACAAAGAUUCUUGUACGAGGUGGUCGUGAAGGCAUUCAGUACGUCAAGUUUGAUUAUGUCAAGAGUGGGCAACCCCAAACUGGAUUAAUCCAUGGUCUCUCGGGUAGAGGAGGAUUCACACAAACGUUUGAGAUUGAUCAAAAGGAUGAACAUCUAGUAUCUGUUGAGGGCUACUAUGAUGUCACUAAGGGUGUGAUCCAAGCACUUAAAUUCAAAACCAACAAGAAGACUUCGGAGAUGAUAGGAUACGAUGACACGGGUAUUAAGCUUUCACUUGAAGUCAAGGGUAAAAAGAUAAUUGGCUUCCAUGGAUAUGCCGAGACUAACUUAAACUCUCUUGGAGCUUAUUUUACAACGACUGGUCCUAUUGGAUUGAACCCCCAAGUUGGUCAUAUUAAAUUGGCCUAUCAAGGUGGUGGCGGAGGGAUCCCUUGGGAUCAUGGUCCUAAUCACAACGGUGUGAAAAGGGUUAGCUUUAUCUUUGAUGAAAACGAGAUAAGGCAAUGGAGGGUCGACUAUGACGAUGGUGGAGUGAUAAGACAAUAUGAGCCGAUCAAUGGAUAUGAUAUGUUUGAGGUCAAAGAAUAUCCAACUGAAUACAUCAUAUCGGUGGAGUGUACCUACGAUGAUGUAAUACCUAGAAGUGGCAGGCGUAUGAUCAGGUCAAUAAUGUUCAAAACUUCAAAAGGGAGAGUCUCUCCGAUAUUUGGAUACCCUGCUGCUCGCAAAUUUGUGCUCGAAAACAACGGUGGUGCUCUUAUCGGCUUCCAUGGAAGAGUUGGUGCUGGUAUAGAUGCCCUCGGAGCUUAUUUCUCUUCGUUUAUUCCUUCUCCGCCUCCUCCUUCCCCCGAAAAACUACAACCAGAAGGUGGUGAGGCAGUAGGAGAUCCAUGGGACGAUGGUAUUUUCAAUGGUGUGAGAGAGAUACAUCUAGAAGACGGUGAGGGUAUCGCCCUCAAGUUUGUGUACGAUAAGGACGUCCAGGUGACUGAACUGAAAGUUCAUGGGGAACCAUCAGGAAUAGGAUUCAAUGAGUUCAAGCUAGAUUAUCCGAGUGAAUACAUCACUACGGUGGAAGGUUUUUGGGACAAAACAAGUGGAAAUGAACGCGGAGUUAUAACCAGGCUUCGGUUCACGACCAACAAACAAACCUUUCGACCGGUUGGAUUGGAGUCGACAACAAGCUUCAGUCUCGGGAAGGAAGGUUACAAGAUUGUAGGGUUCCACGGAAAUUCUAGUACUGACAAGCUUCACCAGCUUGGGGUCUAUGUCGUGCCCAUCACGCGCGAGUGAUCUUUGCCUAAUCUUAAAUGAGCUACUUCUCAGAUCAAUGCUUGAUCAGGUUGUCUUAUGCUUUUCAUGUUUCUGCCAUGUUUAAUUUUAUAAGUUAUUGUCUUCUAUGUUUGUUGCCUUAUUGGUGUGUCGUUCAGUUAUGAAAUGUCAUGUAAUAAG